AUGGUCUGUGGCACCUCGUCAUUGGUGAUAAUGAAAUACGAGGUAAGUUUCCCUUCUGGAUGGAAACACUCCCUCAAACUUCGAAUCCUCGUGUUGAGGUCAAAUAAGUUCAAUGGUACAAUGUGGGUGGCUGCAAACUCAAACAUUGAGAAUCCGUUUCCAAAGUUGCAAGUCUUGGACGUAUCACAUAACGCAUUUGUCGGCACUCUACCCGAUAGAUAUUUCAGAAACUUUCGAGGUAUGAUAGAUGCCAAUGAAAAGCAGACCGGUGAGGAAAAUUUCUUUCUAAGAUAUAUAGAGUUGACGCUAACUUUGAAAGGAAUAGAUCAUUUAUUGAAGCGACUACUGUAUACCUUUACAACUAUUGACUUAUCCUCCAACAAUUUCUCUGGGAGCAUUCCACCUUCUAUAGGGGAUCUUAAGUCUCUUAAAUACUUGAAUCUGUCUCACAAUAUUCUCACUGGACAUAUACCCUCGUCACUUGGAGGCAUGAGUGAGCUCGAGUCAUUGGACUUGUCUUCAAACAAAUUGGAUGGAAAUAUUCCGAGUGAAUUUGCGAGUAUGACAUUUCUUGCGAAGUUAAACCUUUCAAUGAAUAAUCUCGAGGGACAAAUACCACUAUCUACUCAACUCUCAACAUUUGGGAGUGAAUCAUAUGUGGGAAAUGUAGGAUUAUGUGGAUUUCCAUUGACUCAAAAAUGUAGGAGGGGUGACAAAAAACAACUGUUUCCUCAAGAAGAAGGCGAUGAUGAUGAUGCUUAUGUAUUCGUAAAUGGAUUUGGUUGGCAAAGUGUGGUGACGGGGUAUGGAUGUGGAUUUGUGGUUGGAAUUGGAAUUGGAAUUGGUUACAUGGUUAUAAGAAGCGGAAGGCCAAGAUGGUUAGUGGAAUUCUUUUUUGGCGUUGGAUAUAAUAAUAGUAAGAUGAAGAGAAGAAAUAGAGCAAAAGCAACAACAAGGAGAAGGUGA